CCUUAUGUCUCUAUUCUCAUUCAAUUAAACAUCUGACGACUCACCUCAAGGCUUAAAUCAAGUUAGGAAACCUGUUGCAGACUGUUUAACCUGGACAUACAGCACACCACGGUGGUUUGGAGGUUAUACCAAUGGAUACUGUUGUAGCAGCAUUGGUUGCAUUAUGCUCCCAUUUCACUAAUGAACAUAUGGGAACUGUACUGCAGCAGCAGGUGUACAGUAAUCAUGGCAGCCGCUAAGAGAAUGACAAACGGGCCGGACUGCAUCUACUCCACUGUCAACAGGCUGAACAAGGGCUGUCUUGGUGAAAUAAGUGGCUUCCAUAUUGCUUCAGUGGAAAACAAGGGAGUUGGGCAAAGAAGAAAGUGGGCUCCAAAACUGCCCUUCACCCCAUUAGACCACCUGAGCAACCAGAGGGAAGAAUCACCCAUGAUGGCUCACAGGAGGCCGACCUUUGACCCUCACAGCAAUGACAACACUCUUUACGUAGGCAACAAGCUCCCCAGAUCCAAUGGAGGCAACAUCAAGGACAAGAUUUCUCUGUGGGAGGAGAAGGAACCCUCACACUCACCCAUUAUCUCAGGUACUGUGGGCCAGUGCACCAGCAUAAAAAGGUCAGAAUCUCUGACAAAAAGCAACAGUAAAACUUCUGAUGAGCAGAGUCUAGAGGGUUGCAGGAGAAUAGCCCAUAAGGAAAAGGAAAAUCAUGGGAAAAAGAAUUUAGGAAAAGUUGAGGAUUCAAGGCCCUGUUCGCCUGUUGAAACAGGGAAACAGCAAAGAGGGACGCUUAAGAGCAGCAAGCCCAUUGAGAACCAAAAAGGGGAGGACUGCGUUAGAGUUGUCCACAAGGAAAAGCAAGAUCAUGAGAAAGAGAAUGUAGAAAAGUUUGGGGAUUCAAGGCCCUGUUCGCCUACGGCAGGAGUGCAGCCGCCAGUGGGGACAUUGAGGAAAAGUUAUGACAGGAGAACAGGCGAUCAAACCAGCCAGGAGAAGAGAGCUGUAUUCACUCUGUUUAAAAAACUGGAGGCUAUGGGGGAGAGCCAUGGGAAAACUCCUCCAGAGCUCGGAAACUACUUCAGCCCACCGAGCAAGGACAAACAGGUAGAGACGAAGAAGAAAGAAUCUGAAGUUGUGGGUCAAACUGGUGCAGCGAAAUCCUCCGGGGCCAGAGAGGGGAAGCAGCACCAUGAGAAUGUGUACACAGAGCCAGGGGCGCCCCCCAUCAACCCAGUCCCCAAACCCCAACGAACCUUCCAGCAUCCAGCUACAGGCCCCAGGCAUGGGAGAGGGCAGAGGAACCUCCCCCCUCUGCCCUCCAUCUCUGCGAAAACGGCCCUAAAACCUCCUUCUGGCGUCUACGGGAGACCUAGGGGUGAGAGAGUCAGAGACAACAUCAACAGGAAAUCCUUUGAGUUUGAAGACCUUGCAGGGUCAACUAGCCUGCUCUUCUCUCGCUCACUGUCUCAAGAACAUCAUUACGAAGACAUCCUAGACUCAUCCAAAGAGAACCCAUAUGAGGACAUCGAGUUGGAGAGUCAGUGCUCCCAGCAGUCUUUGCCCUCCUCUCCUGGCGCCGAUACCACCAAGACCUCGAGGCCCGGUUUCUUCAGGCAGAAUUCAGGCAGGAGUUUUAAGCUGCUGGACCUGCGUCGAACCAACCAGUCGACCCACAGCACCGGCAGCGCGGGUGUUUCAUCUCCACGCCAGCUCAGCCCUCCCUCAACUCCCACCGGGCCUGAACACCCGUCCUGGCUGCCUGGGGAUCCCUACAGCCGAACGUGCCGCAGGAUCCCAACGGUUGUACUGAGAAUCAACAGCAUCUUUGAGGCUCGGAUCGGGAAGAAACAUCUACGAAGGAUCUAUCAUUUCGCUGAGACAAGCUCAGGGAGAGUCACAGAUGAAAAUAGUGACUCUGAGAGUGAAGUUGAAGAAAGAGCGAAAGCUCAUCGUCAGCGUCUCGUGUCAGUCCAGUCCAUACUCAGCCAGCCAAACCAGGCUCAAGCCCACUACAACGGUACCAACAGUUCCCUGGAACGGGAGCUCCACCAGCGUCAGCUCUUUGAAUAUUUUCUAGUUGUGUCACUGCAGAAGUCGAAGGCCGGUGCCCACUACCUGCCAGAGGUCACGCAGCAGUUCCCCCCGAAGAUGGAGCGCAGCUUCAAGUUCAUGAGGGAGACGGAGGAUCAGCUGAGGAUCAUUCCUCAGUUCUGUUUCCCUGAUGCAAAAGACUGGGAGCCGGUGGAGAGCUUCCCAAGCGAGAUGUUCUCCUUUGUUUUGACUGGAGAGGAUGGAAACAGGAGGUUUGGAUACUGCCGGCGUUUACUGCCCAGUGGAAAGGGCAAACGUCUACCAGAGGUCUACUGUAUUGUUAGCCACCUUGGUUGUUUCAACCUGUUCAACAAGGUGCUGGAUGAGGUGGAGAGGCGGAGGGCUUUGUCUCCAGCCCUUGUGCAGCCUUUUAUGAGAGCCAUCAUGGAGGCUCAGUUUCCAGCUCCAGGCAGAACCAUCACCAUUAAAACUUUCCUCCCUGGCUCAGGCACCGAGGUGAUGGAGCUCUGUCGACCCUCUGACUCACGCCUGGAGCAUGUGGACUUUGAAUGUCUGUUCUCCUGCCUGAGUCUGCGGUUGCUGAUUCGAGUAUUUGGGUCUCUGCUGCUGGAGCGAAGGGUCAUCUUCACUGCUGACAAACUCAGUACUCUCUCCCAAUGCUGCCAUGCUGUUGUGGCACUGCUUUAUCCCUUUGUAUGGCAACACACUUACAUCCCUGUGCUGCCCUCGGCUAUGCUUGACAUCGUCUGCACUCCAACCCCGUUCAUCGUAGGCCUGCUGUCCAGUUCACUGCCCCAGCUCACUGAGCUGCCCCUGGAGGAGGUUCUUGUUGUGGAUCUUGGAAACAGUCGAUUUCUCAGACAGAUGGAUGAUGAGGACUCCAUCCUGCCAUCUAAGCUUCAAUCAGCCCUGGAGAAUGUUCUGGAGAGGAGACGAGAUCUCGCUAAUGAGAGAGGAGGAGACACACCCAGUGACUUUGGCCAUCUUAGCACUGUUGUGUCCGAGGCCUUUGUUCGUUUCUUCGUGGAGCUGGUAGGCCACUAUCCCCUCUUCAUCAUUGGUGAACGGGAAGACGGUUACUCCUCCUCUUCCUCCUCCCCAGUCCCCUGCUCCUUCCAGCGCGAGGGUUUUCGUAAAGCAGUCCCGUCUAAGACUGUGCGUCGCUUCCUGGAGGUCUUCAUGGAGACCCAGAUGUUUGGCUGGUUCAUCCAGGAGAGAGAGCUCCACAGGCAGGCUCUGAGAGGACUGUUUGAAGUGAGGGUUCAGGAGUAUCUAGACUCCAUCCAUGAGAAUGAACACCGGAGGGUUAACAGGUUUCUUAAAGGCUUGGGAAACAAAAUGAAAUUUCUUUCCAAGAAAUAAUGCCACUGUAACUGCACAAAAAGAAACCAACGCUAAAAACGAAGAAGCGCUGAAACAAGGAAACAGUUCAUGGACUUCAUAAAUCCAGCAAGAGAAAUUAUCAUUUGCUUUUCCUGAGACGCUGUUUGUGCCAUCCUCAUCUGUGUUAAUGAGACUUUUGCUCAAGGACUCCUUAUAGAUGUAGGGUGGCUGUGGUGAAUCACAAGUUGUUCCCACCAAAAGAAAAUCCUGUAUUUCACAUAAAUAAAGGAACCUUAUAAGGAA